AUGGCUUUCCUGGAGGAUGGGAACCACACUGCAGUGACAGAGUUCAUUUUAUUGGGUUUAACUGAUGAUCCAGUCCUUAGAGUCAUCCUCUUCACCAUCAUCCUGUGCAUCUACCUGGUGACUGUGUCUGGAAACCUCAGCACCAUCCUUCUCAUCAGAGUCUCCUCCCAGCUCCAUCACCCCAUGUACUUUUUUCUCAGCCACUUGGCUUCUGUUGACAUAGGCUACUCAUCUUCUGUCACACCCAAUAUGCUUCUCAACUUCCUGGUGGAGAAAAAUACUAUCUCCUAUCUUGGGUGUGCCAUCCAGCUCAGUUUAGCUGCUUUUUGUGGUACAGUUGAAUGUUUUCUUCUUGCUACCAUGGCUUAUGAUCGGUUUAUGGCAAUCUGCAACCCACUGCUUUAUGCAACUAAAAUGUCCAUACGAGUCUGUAUCCAGUUGGUUGUAGGCUCUUAUAUAGGAGGUUUUCUUAAUGCUUCCUCCUUCACCUUAUUCUUCUUUUCUUUUAUCUUCUGUGGACCAAAUAGGAUCAAUCACUUUUACUGUGAUUUUGCUCCUUUGGUGGAGCUCUCUUGUUCUAAUGUUAGUGUCUCUGAAUUUGUAACAUCAUUUUUUUCUGGCUCAGUUACUAUGGUUACAGUGUGUAUCAUAGCCAUUUCCUACACCUACAUUCUUAUCACCAUCCUGAGGAUGGCCUCCACUGAGGGCCGCCACAAGGCCUUCUCCACCUGCACCUCCCAUCUCACUGCCGUCACUCUCUUCUAUGGGACGAUCACAUUCAUUUAUGUAAUGCCCAAGUCCAGAUAUUCCACAGACCAGAACAAGGUGGUGUCUGUGUUCUACAUGGUGGUGAUCCCCAUGUUGAACCCUCUUAUUUACAGCCUCAGGAAUAAUGACAUUAAGGAUGCUCUGAAGAGACAUCUUUGUAAGAAAAUCUUUUCUAAAGAUGUCUGCUAA